GAGUAAAAACAAGUUCACUCAGUUCUUGUUAAUUAUAAUGUUUUUCCUUUUUUAUUUCACUGAGUUGAUUUCUGGAAAUCAACAGUAAAAGUCAUGAAAUUUCAACAUUAUAUGAUAUCCAUAAGUAAUUGCUAGACAAAGACAUACGUAUUGCGAUAUAAACAACUGAUUCCUAGAAUCAGUUUGUUUGCAAAAACAAGUCAUGACCCGAUGUUACUUAUAUCAAUAAUUUUAUUCGCGAAAUUUUACAGUUGUGUAUAUCCACCAAUCAAUAAUAUUACAAAAACAAUGAGUAAAAUCCUGGUUCUGUUCUUUUUGUGUUUCUUCACAUUUUGCCAAGGUGAAGAUUUCAAAGAAUAUAGAAAAGAAUCUAGUUCCGAAUUGAAUUCAGAUGUUAACGACAAUUAUUAUAUAAGUAAAACUAAGGAAACUUAUUAUGAAGCACUACAGAUAUGCAGAGAGAAAUCCAUGCAAUUAGUCACCAUAGAGAACAAGAGGAAGAACAGAAAAAUUGCUAGACGUCUAGAAAAUACAGACGAAGAGUAUUGGACAUCCGGAAACAGGAUAGUGAAUUAUGAAUGGGCUUGGUUGAAAGGAGAACCUUUAGAAUAUCACAAUUGGCUGAAAGAUCAUUUCUAUGAUUAUUCUGGCAAUUGUAUCAGUGUUUCUAAGAAAAAUAACCUCACAUUUUGGAAACAAGAGAAAUGUGAUGACAAGAAACGCUUCAUAUGCGAAAACUUGAGUGAAAUUUCCAAGGAAUGUGAGCAAGAGGAUCUAGUUAGUGGAACUACUGGGAAGCAGUAUUAUAUUUCUGAGGAUAUCGUAACAUACUCUAAAGCUGUUGAGAUGUGUCAAUCAAUGUGUAUGAAUUUACUUAGUAUAGAACAUGAAGAGAAGAACGAGGAUGUCUACAAGGCCCUUUCCAAAGCAGGUGCUGAUAAAAUAUACUGGUCUUCUGGUUACUACAAACCGAGUCAACUCUUGUGGAAAUGGAUAAAUGGAAACACUGCUUCCUUUUUCAAUUGGAACACAAAAGAACCCAAUAAUGCCAGACAAAACGAAUACUGCAUCGAAAUUGUUAUGAAAGAUGGUAAACUUGUAUGGAAUGAUGAGCCUUGCGAAGAAAAAAGAAUGUUUAUUUGUGAAACAACUGUUUCAUAAGAAUCCAAUGCUAAAUUUAAUAAAAAUUCAUGUAAACUUUGUUAAUAAAUCUAUAUCGUAAAUAAAUACGGCAAUUUGAAAAAUGAUA